UUUUGUUUUAGUAUGAGCUCUUCUUUUCGAAUAUUCAGGCCCCUGACGUGGUCGAGAUGGCGCGGCACUCUUUUCUCGUAUUCCAGAAGGUCAUUGACCGUCUCCGCGGCCGAACUGAGGUUCGGACAACCGCUCCAUGAGACGCAUCCGCAUCUGCUGGAAGCUGGAGAAGUAACUCCUGGCAUAACCGCCCAAGAAUACUACGACCGCCGCGUCAACCUCGCAAAAGCGCUCCCUCGAAACUCCAUAGCCGUACUUGCUGCUUCCGAUGUGAAGUUCCGCUCCGGAGCUGUAUUCUACAAGUUCCACCAAGACCCCGACUUCUUCUACUUGACCGGGUUCAACGAGCCAGAUGCUCUUGCAAUAAUAGAAAAGAUCGACGAUGACGAACACAACUUCCACCUCUAUGUGCGCCCCAAAGACCCAAAAGCCGAGCUCUGGGAAGGCGCACGCUCCGGCGUCCAAGCAGCCGAGGAUGUCUUCAACGCGGACACCGCGGACGACGUAAACCAGCUGCCCAAGAUACUUCCGGAAGUAGUAAAGAGAGCGAAAGAAAUAUACACAGAUCUACCAAACGACAGAAUAACAAAGAACCUCCUGUCUCGAUACCUGUCAGGCACCGAACCCGCACGAACCGGCGGCAUAGCGAACCUCUUCCGCGACGCGAAAGCAACCGUGAAGCCGUUACGACCACUCUUAAACGAGCUACGCCUGAUCAAGAGCGACGCCGAAAUACGCUGCAUGCGCAAAGCAGGCCAGCACUCUGGCCGCGCCUUCACAGACGCCAUGCGCCAAACCUUCGCCUGCGAAAAGGACCUCGACUCCUUCCUCGACUACUGGUUCAAGCAAGACGGCUGCGAUGGCCCCGCCUACGUCCCCGUCAUCGCAGGCGGUAGCAACGCAAACACGAUCCACUACGUGACGAACGACAUGCUGCUCAAACCCGACGACCUCGUUCUCGUCGACGCCGGCGCGGAGUACGGCGGCUAUAUAACGGACAUCUCGCGCACGUGGCCCGUGGCGGGGAAGUUCAACCAACCGCAGAAGGAUCUGUAUAACACGCUGCUGAAAGUGCAGCGGAGCUGCGUCUCGCUUUGUCACGAGGGGUCUAAGCUUAGCCUGGAUAAGCUGCACAAGAUUGCUUCGCACACGCUUGCGGACGGGCUCAAGGAUCUCGGCUUUGAUAUGUCGAGGGACGCGAUAGAGGUUCUCUUCCCGCAUCACGUGGGGCACUACAUCGGCCUGGAUGUGCACGACAGCCCUGGUCUGCCGCGGAAUAGGCCGUUUGAGAAGGGCAUGUGUGUCACGGUGGAGCCGGGCAUAUACGUUCCGGAUAACGAGAGAUGGCCCGCCUGGGCGAGAGGUAUCGGGAUGCGGAUAGAGGACAGCGUGUGCAUUGAUGAGGAUAGCCCGUACGUGUUGACGACCGAGGCAGUAAAGGAGGUGGACGAUAUUGAAGCCCUUAGAGGCACCGAGAGCAAGCUCAGCUGAUUGUGCACGCUUGUAUGCUGUAUUUACUCUGUACCGUAUAUUCGACACCUGUAAAAUACUUCGUGGUCCAGAGAACGGUCACCCAGUCCAUGUUCGAUUCACUUCACAUUUAGACUUCACACUGCAUUUGAUGGGACAAGCAUGAGAUCGCUGAGUUUCCUGAAUCCAUUGAUUCUUCUACCAGCCGAGGUUGGGUAUCCCCCAUUCCCAUAACACGCUCAAGGUCCAUCAUCCCGCCAAGUCCCUCCUUUCUC